UCCUUUCCACGCAAUCACCCGGCUCUCCCAGCGCCGCCUCCCUCCGUCCUCCUGCGCCGCCGCCGCCGCUGCUACUGCCACCUCCGCAGCCAGCAGCCGGCCGACCGCAGCCAUGGCAGACUCGAAGGCCGCCGCGGCGGUGACCCUCCGCACGCGCAAGUUCAUGACCAACCGCCUCCUCUCACGCAAGCAGUUCGUGCUCGAGGUUAUCCACCCCGGGCGCCCCAACGUCUCCAAGGCGGAGCUGAAGGAGAGGCUGGCGAAGGUGUACGAGGUCAAAGACCCCAACUGCAUCUUCGUCUUCAAGUUCCGCACCCACUUCGGAGGCGGCAAGUCCACCGGCUUCGGUCUCAUCUACGACAACCUCGAGGCCGCCAAGAAGUUCGAGCCCAAGUAUCGCCUCAUCAGGAAUGGUCUUGCUACCAAGGUAGAGAAGUCUCGUAAGCAGAUGAAGGAGCGGAAGAACAGGGCAAAGAAGAUCCGUGGUGUAAAGAAGACGAAGGCUGGAGAUGCCAAGAAGAAGUAAGGGAGAGAUACUUGCCUUGCCGUCUUCAUCUUAUCUGCCUCCGGCUUGUUGAGGAUGGUGUCGUUUUGGCAAUGCUGAAUGUUUAAUUAGACCUAGAAAGGAUUUUGCCAGAAUUAUGAAUGUUGAGGCUCUCGUAGUACUUUGUGGUCAGUUUUGAGGAACAUUGUCGGACACUAGCAUAUAUACUUGAUCGUCAUGGCUUGUUCUGCUAUCUUCAUUUUGAUCUGUUUGUUUUUGGGAA